AUGGAGAAAACUCCUGAUGAGAUUUACAGUCUUUAUGAGAAUUUAAGUGAAAAUUCUAGAGAUCAAGCCUCUUUUGAAUUAUAUGAUAGGGAUAAGAAGAGAGGAAUUUAUGAAUUGCAUCAUGAUGAUGAUUCUAAACUUAGAAAUGAGGUUAAUCAGAUUAAUCAAAGAUUAGAAAAAAUUAAUUUACUUAUUGAUAAUAUUAGAAAGCCUUUUAACCCUCAACUUAAUUCGAAUAGUACGUGUCCUAUGUAUGGUGAAAAUGAUUAUUCUGAAUUUCAAUAUUAUAAUUUAGAUCAAUCAUUUCACCCUAUGCGAGAACAAGUGCAAGUAGCUCACGGUUUUAAUAGAAAUAGGGAACAUUUUUGAAAUUCUUAUAAUCCUAAUUAGAGGAAUAAUUUUUCAUGGAGAGACCCAAAUAAUAUUCAAAAUCCAGAAGCACUUAGACCCAAUUCAAACUCUGAAUUUCGUCCAAAACAAGAAAAUAAAUUUCAGAAAAAUCAGCCCUCUCAAACCCAACCUGACGCUAUGGAAAUGAUGCAGUAAAUGAGCCAAAUGAUGCAACAAACUAUGAAUCAAAUGAUGCUUCAUCAGAAACAAAUUAUAGAGGCCCUUGGGAAUAAGAGAGAAGAGGGACAGCUACCUAGUCAGCCCAUAGAAAAUUCAGAAAACUGUCCAACAGUAAGAUUUCAGCAAGAAGGGUCUAGCUGGAUAAAUUUAGAAAAAAACCCACGAAAUGAAAAUGUUAGGACAGUGAAUAUAUUGAGUGAGAAUAUUUUACCUGAUCCUUAUUUCCAAUUAUUUGAAGAAAUUGAUGAUCCAUUAGAAGUAAAUGAGAAUAUUAAGGCCAAAAAUAUAGUAGCAGAAAAUUUGAAUAAAAUCAUUUAUUGCUCACAAUUGAUGAAUGAAUAUAGUGAGGAUGAUGAGGAGAAAGAACCCUUAGAUGAAGAAACAGCAACUGAUCAUAGAAAAAUCAUCCAAAUUUUAGUAGAAGGGAGUAAGGACAGAAAUGAAGAAAAAUAUAUUUCAAGUGAGGAAAAAUCAACUGAUUUGGGAGAUGUAGGAGACGAAAUUAAUGAAUCUAAUCAUAAUUUUGCAGCCAUGGAUGUUGAUUGUGAGGAUGAUGAUGUAUAUCAUAUACCAAAAUUAAAAGAUAGCUCUUGGGAAGAUGAAGAAUUUGAUGAGUUGAGAAACGAAAAGCUAGAAAAAGAAUUGAUUCAACUAAUGGGAACAAGCGAAAAUAAUAGAUGUGAAUAUAGAAAUAAUUUUGGAGGAGAAAAUUUGAAUUUUACUGAAUUCAUUAGAUCUGAGAUUAAAGAAGACAAUCCUUCCAUCCUUCAAAACCCACAGCCCAUUAGAAUUAUUUCUAAGCUUGAAAUAUUUCACUCCUCCCAAAUUGAACAAAUAUGUAUGGAAGAUAAAAUGGAGCAGGGGAAGAUUAUGCAGAUAAAAGAAGACAUUAAGAAAUGGGUGAGUGGAAGAAUUAGAGAUAUCAAUUUAGAUGAAAAAAUUCUAGAUUGGGUAAGAGCUAAUUUGAAAAUUAUAUGGCCUGAUCACAUUUUAUGUCUAUUAAUAGAAAGUAUUUAUUAAUGAAUGAGAGCCUUACAAAACAAGAUAGAAAUGAGGAAAGAUUCUUUUCAAAAUGGAAAUAUUAUUUUUGAGAAAAUUUUGUUAAUUUCCAUUUUGUUUUGGCUGAAAGUAUGUCACGGUAUAUAUAUGAAGUAUAUGAAUUUAUGCUAAAUCUGAAAAAUAAUAUCAUGAAACUUACCUUGGGAUACAAAUAUAUUUUGAUGGCCAUAGAUCAUCUUAUAUGAUCUAAGAGUUGUCUAGCUGAAGACAUUAAAUUCAGCACUGUAUGAGAGGCAACCCAUGGUUUUUAUUUCAUUCUGUUUGAUUUUUUUUUAAGCUCUGUUUUUCUUAGAAUUUCGCAGUACUUGUUUCUGUAUUUGUUUUUUUUCGAAGAAGUGCAGGAGGAGGUGUGUAAGAUGAAGUGGAAAAUUAAAAACGAGGUUGAGGUGAUGUCUUUCUGAGCUUCAUCAUUUAUGAAAAUAUUUUUAAUGCUUAACUUAGCAGAUAUGCAUGCUUCACUUGAAAAUUAUAUUUUCUGCAUAUUCUGUUUCGAGUUUUCUGUGUCAUUGAGGACAAUGUCAUUUUUAAGUUGGGGGGUGAAGUAUUCAUUAUUAAUUUAUGCUGUAGGACGAUUAAGAACAUGUGUUUGCAUUUUAUUCAACUUAGAACAGCAACUAAAAAAAAUAAAAAUAAAAAUAAAAUUCGGAAAAAUUGCAACAUCUAUUUUCUGGUUUUCUGUCAGAAACAACAGACUGUCAAAAACAGCAGACAAAAAAGCAGCCCGAAAUUUGAAAUUCUAGAAGACCCUUUUCUCACAUUUCAAUCCCCUAGACAUAUAUUACUGAAAUUCGAAAUUACAGCUAUAAAGAAGAUAGUUUUGAUUUAUUUUUGACAAAUUUAUUGCUGCUAAAAUAGAACUGAAAACAGAAAACAGAACUAUCAGAACUAUCUAAUUUACAAAUUCCUUACAUCAUAUUGCAUGCAUGAAAAAUUAAAUCAAUUAGAUUGAUUGAUACCAAAAGAUACUAGGAAGAUUAUUAUUGAGUCAAAAGAAUGAUAUAGUAGCAUGAAAUGUUGGAAUACUCCUUGGAUACAUGAUAGAUAACAUGGAUUUGAUUUUACAGAUUUUCACUUCAUGAUCUUGAUGGAUAGUAUUUACUUGAUGUUAAAAUUUGAUUGAUCAUUGAGUUUAAUAGAGAUUUUUGCUCCUAGAUCUAUAGGACUUGUGAGGAGAAAUCACUUAUUUCGAAAAAAAAGAGGGAGCAAUGUGAAAAAUCUAGAAACAAAGAGUACACAUAGAGGGUAUGAGACAUCAUUCUCAUUGUCGAAAAUCGUGUAUAGAAAAACACUUGCUGCAAAAUAAGUGGAUAAAGUGAAAGCCCUGAAAAUGAAGAGUACACAUGAAGGGUGUGAGACAUCAUUCUUAUUGUCGAAAUUUGUCUACAUGAAAAGCUACUUAUCCACUAUAUAUAUAUAAAAAAAGAAGGAAGAAAUAUAGUGCAAACUUCAAAAAUCAAGUCAUGGAAGAAGGGAAAUGUAGGAUCAAUAUUAUUAUUGGAUGAUUAUUAAUAAUUAGAACAUCUUGUAAAUAUAUCUAUGAGUGAAGAAGUGAUAAAGAUGUGAAUAGAAGAAGUAAAGUCUAGAUUGUUACUAAAAUUUAUGAACGAUUUGCAAUAAAAGGAUCGCGAAUCCAUUGAGUAAAUCAUCUUUGAUUGAUCGACGAACAAGCCGUCGUCAGGAAGAGGAUGAUCUGCUGGGAGAUGAGCCACCAUCUCCUAAGAGUGUACCAGAUGCGAUGAAGAGCCUCCUCUUGCUGUGCGGACCUAAGGAUGAAGCUCCCUGACAUGUGCACCACUUCUAUUCAACUCCUCUCCGUUGGGUGACAGUUGUUGGAGAGCCACAAAGUUGUUGUUUUUCCGCUCCGCCGAGUAACAGCCGCCGGAGACGACUCGACGACCCAUUUCAUUAAUCUCUAGACUUCACGAGAAGAUCUAGAUAUUGCCCACAUUGUCUUUGUCCAAGGAGAGCCUUCGAGGUCAUAGACACUACACGACGAUCCUCCCAAAUGCUCAAGAUUUCGGUACAUUACCGAUGCAUCACCGUCACGACGCUAGAACUCUAUUUUCCUACUUUCAAUUUACUUUACACUUCAUUUAGUGAUAAUUUUUGUGUUUUUAAUUUACCAAAAUAUACUUUGUUCUAUUACGAUUCUUCUUGCUUUUACAGAUCUUAAUUUGAUUAAUUAAAUCAUCUGUAAUUGCUUACGUAAGAAUCAUCAGGUGGAAUUCUAUUUUUGCCUGAUUCGCAUUCGUCGGGUGCUGACAUCAUCUUGAUGUUCGCACCCUUAUUUUCUUUUUUUAUGAAUUUUAAAUAUAUUUCCUUUUCAAUUCUUAAUAUAAAAUUCAUAGAAAAUCGUAUUCUUUGAGGAAAAUUCUGAGUAAUUACUAGAUAUUAUAUUACAUCUUUGUGAUCAACCUAGAAAAUUAUUGCUAUUUUUAGAAGUUUUAUUAAAUUAUUAAUAAUAUAUUUAUUCAUAAAUACUUCUAAAUAUCUAAAAAUUUGUAUUUUCUAGUUUUAUAGAUUUUAUAUUUGUGUGAUUUAAUAUACAAUGACUGAGUCAACCAAAGCUACUUAACUACCUCAAAAGUGUAGCUAUGGGGGACUAAGAAGUGGCAACAGGGCAAAUAGAUGAAACUAAACACAAGAAUAAGAAGGAAGGAUAAUUCAAGAGAAGGAACAACUAGAGAAUGACAAGGAACAUAACUUAUCAGCCCCAACUAGAGAAUGACUUGGAUCACAGAAUUAGAAGAGAAGCAAAUAAAAUCCCCAUGAGAGGUCCCCACCUUGGAGACCAUGGUAGCUAGCCCCUAGUCCCUUAACUAAUUCAGAUGAAAGUUUAUCUUCCUUAAUGCUUUGUAGUCUUGCUAACUCAUAAACUAUUAUUGUUAAUCUUGGAGAUAGAAAGCAUAGGAAGGAGGUGUUAGGUCCCCAAUAGUUGGGGAGUACCCAAAGUCAUGAGAAGCAAUCAUGAGGAGAUCAUGGAGGUCGACUUGGGGUCCAAGGAGGAAGUAGGAGAGAAGGGGGAAAGUUUAGGCAAGAAAGUCCAAACAAACUGGUGUGAGGGUGAGUCUUUAAAUACCUCUUGGAAUAGAGAGGAAAUAGUAAGGAAUGGGAUAAGUGGACCUAAAUUGUCAUAUGCAGCAAUUACCUACAGUCAACACUUAAGACCUCAAUUUGUGGACUUAACGUCAUAGAAGAUGCCCUGUGUCCAAGACGGAGUCCAAACCAUAGAGUUUUCGAGGGAGGUAAACCAGUUGGCUGCCCAAUUUAGGGAGGCAAUGAUAAGUCUUCAUUAUCAUGAGUUAAUAAUUAGUAAAUAAUAUAGUUUUAGCCUUAACUCAUGAUAAAUAGACUUAUAUUUGUGUUAAAGCAUGAAAAGUGGUUUUCAGUUGAUUAACGUGAAUUUUUGGGUAAUUAUAUGAUUUUAUACGAUUUUUACAGUCUUAGUUUUGAGAUAAACGAAGAACAAGAAAUAAAAAUAAAAAUAUUGCAAAAUGGGGAGACCCGCCGGCCAGCCGGGCCCGCAAGCGGGUCGGAAGCGCAGUCGGGGAGUAGCCGCGAGCAGGGGCUCGAGCGGCUUGCUUGGAUCGAUAGGGGCACGUGUGCGCCACUCCCCUUCCACGUCACCGGUGGUCAGCCGGCUGUGGGGCAAGGAGUGGUCGUACACGCGAGAGGAUUUUGCCCACAAAGCUAACUUUACUAUAUAUUCGCCCAAAUAAUUCGCGCACAACCGAUGUGGGACUAAACCCGCGUCACACCUUGUUCAGGGGCGGGCGACCGCCGCGGGUUCGAAUCCUCCCAGAGUCAAAAUUCAUAUAUCUUUAACUGAUUAUCGCGACUUUCCUGCAGAUCGCCAGUGAAGGAUUAAGCAACCGGAAUCGCUGGAUCAUCGGCGAAAAUCUCGUCAACGCGAUUCGCGGAGCAUUGCUACUAAAAUUUCUGAACGAUUCGCGAUAAAAGGAUCGCAAUCCAUCGAGUAAAUCAUCUCCGAUUGAUCGACGAACAAGCCGCCGUCGGGAAGAGGACGAUCCGCCGGGAGACCAGUCGCCACCUCCUGAGAGCGUACCAGAUGCGAUGAAGAGCCUCCUCUUGCUGCGCGGACCUGAGGAUGAAGCUCCCUAACACGCGCCUCACCUCCAUCCAGCCCCUCUCCGUCGGGUGACAGCCGCCGGAGAGCUGCAAAGUCGCUGUUUUUCCGCUCCGCCGGGUGACAGCCGCCGGAGACGAUUCGACGACCCACUUCAUUGGUCUCUAGACUUCGCGAGAAGAUCUAGAGAUUGCCCACGUCAUCUUUGUCCAAGGAGAGCCUUCGAGGCCGUGGACACUGCACGACGACCCUCCCGAACGCUCAGGAUUCCGGUGCAUCACCGACGCGUCGCCGUCGCGACGCCGGAACUCUGUUUUCUUACUUUAUCUAGAGAUUGCCCACGUCGUCUUUGUCUGAGGAGAGCCUUCGAGGCCGUGGACACUGCACGACGACCCUCCCGAACGCUCAGGAUUCCGGUGCAUCGCCGACGCGUCGCCGUCGCGACGCCGGAACUCUGUUUUCCUGCUUUAUCUAGAGAUUGCCCACGUCGUCUUUGUCCAAGGAGAGCCUUCGAGGCUGUGGACACUGCACGACGAUCCUCCCGAACGCUCAGGAUUCCGGUGCAUCGCUGACGCAUCGCCGUCGCGACGCCGGAACUCUGUUUUCCUGCUUUCAAUUUAAUUUACGCUUCAUUUAGUGAUACUUUGUUGAUUUUUAUUUACCAAACUAUACUUCGUUCAACUACGAUUCUUCCGGCUUUUACAGAUCUUAAUUUGAUUAAUUGAGUCGUCUGUAAUCGCCUACGUAAGAAUCGCCGGGCGGAACUGUGUUUCCGCCUGAUUCGCUCGCCGGGCGCUGACGUCAUCCUGACGUCCGCACCCUUAUUUCCUUUUUUUCGUGAAUUUUAAAUAUAUUUCCUUUUUAUUUCCUAGUAUAAAAUUCGUAAGAAAAUCGUACUCAUUGAGAAAAAUUCUGAAUAGUUACCAGAUAUUAUAUUACAUCCCUGUGAUCGACCUGGAAAAUUACCGCUAUUUUUGGAAUUUUUAUUGAAUUAUAAUUGAUAUAUUUAUUUUGAAAUACUUCUAAAUAUCCGAAAAUUCGUAUUUUCUAGUUUUAUAAAUUUUAUAUUUGCGUGAUUUAAUAUACAACGACUGAGUCACGUCAAAUUUUGGCGCCGUUGCCGGGGAUGUAUUGCAUAAUAUUUAGUAUUUUUCUGUUUUUCUCUUAGAGUACACAAAAAAAAAAAACUUUACUCUUGUUUUAUUUUCUUUUUGCCGAUUUUUAUUAGAAAAAGGGAACGAAAAGAAGCACGGGAAGGACUGGAGCAUCCUGAAGGAGGGUAACAGUUACUAACUUUUUCCCUCGAAUUUAUUGAUUUUUAUGCAUGGUAGAAGAUCCUUGCAUCCAAGGCUAGAAAAUCCUUUUAUUAUUUCAUUCAAAAAUAAAAAUCCGAAAGAAAAAUUAAUUUUGAUGGAUCCUGAAGGAAGUACAGGUCAAACUGAGAACAAUCCUAUGGCCAUGAAAAAUCAUUAUAUCCCUGAUUCAUUUCAAAGAGCAUCUAAUAUUAGAGUCCCAUUAGCACCCACUAUUAAAUUCGAAAUAAAUCUAGGAAUUUUUCAAAUGCUCCCUAAUUUUCAUGGAUUGCCUUUAGAGGAACCUCAUCAGCACUUAGAAAAAUUUCAUAUGGUCUGUGAUUUAGUUAAUCUCCCUCAAGUUACAUCGGAAAUUAUUAAGAUGAAAUUAUUCCCUCAUACACUUAGGGACAAAGCUAGUCUUUGGCUAUCCACAUUAGAUAGAGAAUUAACUAGCUGGAAAGAUAUAGAACAGGCCUUUCUUCGAAAAUUUUAUCCCUUAGGAAAAACUCAAAAUAUGAGAAAACAUAUAUGGAGUUUUUCUCAAAGACCAGGAGAAACUUUGCAUGAGACAUGAGAAAAAUUCAAAGAUUUACUUAGAAAGUGUCCUCAUCAUGCUAUACCCAAGUGGCAACUCAAUAGAAUUUUUUAUGAUGGAUUAUUAGAACAACAUAGAAAUAUGGUCGAUUCUAUAUGUGGAGGAGCUUUUAUGGAGAAAACUCCUGAUGAGAUUUACAGUCUUUAUGAGAAUUUAAGUGAAAAUUCUAGAGAUCAAGCCUCUUUUGAAUUAUAUGACAAGAAAAUGAAAAAGAGAAAUUUAUGAAUUGCAUCAUGAUGAUAAUUCUAAACUUAGAAAUGAGGUUAAUCAGAUUAAUCAAAGAUUAGAAAAAAUUGAUUUACUUAUUGAUAAUAUUAGAAAGCCUUUUAACCCUCAACUUAAUUCGAAUAGUACAUGUCCUAUGUAUGGUGAAAAUGAUUAUUCUGAACUUCAAUGUUAUAAUUUAGAUCAAUCAUUUCACCCUAUGCGAGAACAAGUGCAAGUAGCUCACGGUUUUAAUAGAAAUAGGGAAAAUUUUUCAAAUUCUUAUAAUCCUAAUUGGAGGAAUAAUUUUUCAUGGAGAGACCCAAAUAAUAUUCAAAAUCCAGAAGCACUUAGACCCAAUUCAAACUCUGAAUUUCGUCCAAAACAAGAAAAUAGAUUUCAGAAAAAUCAGCCCUCUCAAACCCAACCUGAUGCUAUGGAAAUGAUGCAGCAAAUGAGCCAAAUGAUGCAACAAACUAUGAAUCAAAUGAUGCAACAAAUGAUGCAGCACCAGAAACAAAUUAUAGAGGCUCUUGAGAAUAAGAGAGAAGAGGGACAGCUACCUAGUCAGCCCAUAGAAAAUUCAGAAAACUGUCCAACAGUAAGAUUUCAGCAAGAAGAGUCUAGCUGGAUAAAUUUAGAAAAAAACCCACGAAAUGAAAAUGUUAGGACAGUGAAUAUAUUGAGUGAGAAUAUUUUACCUGAACCUUAUUUCCAAUUAUUAGAAGAAAUUGAUGAUCCAUUAGAAGUAAAUGAGAAUAUUAAGGCCAAAAAUGUAGUAGCAGAAAAUUUGAAUAAAAUCAGUUAUUGCUCACAAUUGAUGAAUGAAUAUAGUGAGGAUGAUGAGGAGAAAGAACCCUUAGAUGAAGAAACAGCGACUGAUCAUAGAAAAAUCAUCCAAAUUUCAGUAGAAGGGAGUAAGGACAGAAAUGAAGAAAAAUAUAUUUCAGGGGAGGAAAAAUCAAUUGAUUUGGGAGAUGUAGGAGACGAAAUUAAUGAAUCUAAUCAUAAUUUUGCAGCCAUUGAUGUUGAUUGUGAGGAUGAUGAUGUAUAUCAUAUACCAAAAUUAAAAGAUAGCUCUUGGGAAGAUGAAGAAUUUGAUGAGUUGAGAAACGAAAAGCUAGAAAAAGAAUUGAUUCAACUAAUGGGAACAAGCGAAAAUAAUAGAUGUGAAUAUAGAGAUAAUUUUGGAGGAGAAAAUUUGAAUUUUACUGAAUUCAUUAGAUCUGAGAUUAAAGAAGACAAUCCUUCCAUCCUUCAAAACCCACAGCCCAUUAGAAUUAUUUCUAAGCUUGAAAUAUUUCACUCCUCACAAAUUGAACAAAUAUGUAUGGAAGAUAAAAUGGAGCAGGGGAAGAUUAUGCAGAUAAAAGAAGACAUUAAGAAAUGGGUGAGUGGAAGAAUUAGAGAUACCAAUUUAGAUGAAAAAAUUUUAGAUUGGGCAAGAGCUAAUCUGAAAAUUAUAUGGCCUGAUCACAUUUUAUGGUUUAUUAAUAGAAAGUAUUUAUUAAUGAAUGAAAGCCUAACAAAACAAGAUAGAAAUAAGGAAAGAUUCUUUUCAAAAUGGAGAUAUUAUUUUUGGGAAAAAAUUGUUAAUUUCCAUUUUGUUUUGGCUGAAAGUAUGUCAAGGUAUAUAUAUGAAGUAUAUGAAUUUAUGCUAAAUCUGAAAAAGAAUAUCAUAAAACUUACCUUGGGAUACAAAUAUAUUUUGAUGGCCAUAGAUCAUCUUAUAUGAUAUAAGAGCUGUGCAGCUGGAGACAUUAAAUUCAGCGCUGCAUGAGAGGCAACCCAUGGUUUUUAUUUCAUUCUGUUUGAUUUUUUUUUAAGCUCUAUUUUUCUUAGAAUUUCUCAGUACUUGUUUCUGUAUUUGUUUUUCUGUUGAAAAAGUGCAGGAGGAGUGUAAGAUGAAGUGGAAAAUUAAAAACGAGGUUGAGGUGAUGUCUUUCUGAGCUUCAUCAUUUAUGAAAAUAUUUUUAAUGCUUAACUUUGCAGAUAUGCAUGCUUCACUUGAAAAUUAUAUUUUCUGCAUAUUCUAUUUCGAGUUUUCUGUGUCAUUGAGGACAAUGUCAUUUUUAAGUUGGGGGGUGAAGUAUUCAUUAUUAAUUUAUGCUGUAGGACGAUUAAGAACAUGUGUUUGCAGUUUAUUCAACUUAGAACAGCAACUAAAAAAAUAAAAAUAAAAUAAAAUUCGGAAAAAUUGCAACAUCUAUUUUCUGGUUUUCUGUCAGAAACAACAGACUGUCAAAAACAGCAGACAAAAAACAGCCCGAAAUUUAAAAUUCUAGAAGACCCUUUUCUCACAUUUCAAUCCCUUAGACAUAUAUUACUGAAAUUCGAAAUUACAGCUAUAAAGAAGAUAGUUUUGAUUUAUUUUUGACAAAUUUAUUGCUGCUAAAAAUAGAACUGAAAAUAGAAAACAGAACUGUCAGAACUAUCUAAUUUACAAAUCUCUUACAUCAUAUUGCAUGAAUGAAAAAUUAAAUCAAUUAGAUUGAUUGAUACCAAAAGAUACUAGGAAGAUUAUUAUUGAGUCAAAAGAAUGAUUUAGUAGCAUGAAAUGUUAGAAUACUCCUUGGAUACAUGAUAGAUAACAUGGAUUUGAUUUUACAGAUUUUCACUUCAUGAUCUUGAUGGAUAAUAUUUACUUGAUGUGAAAAUUUGAUUGAUCAUUUGAGUUUAAUGGAGAUUUUUGCACCCUAAUCUAUAGGACUUGUGAGGAGAAAUCACUUAUUUCAAAAAAAAAAAAAACAGAGAGCAAUGUGAAAAAUCUAAAAACGAAGAGUACACAUGGAGGGUGUGAGACAUCAUUCUCAUUGUCGAAAAUCGUGCAUAGAAAAACACUUGCUGAAAAAUAAGUGGAUAAAGUGAAAGCCCUGAAAAUGAAGAGUACACAUGGAGGGUGUGAGACAUCAUUCUUAUUGUCGAAAUUUGUCUACAGGAAAAGCUACUUAUCCACUAUAUAUAUAAAAAAAAAAAAAAAAAAGAAGGAAGAAAUAUAGUGCAAACUUCAAAAAUCAAGUCAUAGAAAAAGGGAAAUGUAAGAUCAAUAUUAUUCUUAGAUGAGUAUUGAUAAUUGGAACAUCUUGUAAAUACAUCUAUGAGUGAAGAAGUGAUAAAGAUGUGAAUAGAAGAAGUGAAGUCUAGAUUGUUAUUCCAAGGAGUGUUUAAACAUUUAAGUGCUUGACAUCAUUAUUAAAUACUUGAUAUAAGAAUCCAAAGUGUUUAAAGGUGCAUCAUUUCUAAUUGUAUUUCUUUUCUGUAUUGAAAUAUGAUGUUUGAGAUUUGUAAAUUUUUAUUUUCGUAAUUCCAUUGCUAAGGGACUAGCAAUGAUUUAAGUUGGGGGGUGUGAUAAGUCUUCAUUAUCAUGAGUUAAUAAUCAGUAAAUAAUAUAGUUUUAGCCUUAACUCAUGAUAAAUAGACUUAUAUUUGUGUUAAAGCAUGAAAAGUGGUUUUCAGUUGAUUAACGUGAAUUUUUGGGUAAUUAUGUGAUUUUAUACGAUUUUUACAGUCUUAGUUUUGAGAUAAACGAAGAACAAGAAAUAAAAAUAAAAAUAUUGCAAAAUGGGGAGAUCCGCCGGCCAGCCGGGCCCGCAAGCGGGUCAGAAGCGCAGUCGGGGAGUAGCCGCGAGCAUGGGCUCGAGCGGCUUGCUUGGAUCGAUAGGGGCACGUGUGCGCCACUCCCCUUCCACGUCACCGGUGGUCAGCCGGCUGUGGGGCAAGGAGUGGUCGCACACGCGAGAGGACUUUGCCUAGAAAGCUAACUUUACUAUAUAUUUGCCCGAAUAAUCCGCGCACAACCGAUGUGGGACUAAAUCCACCUUGUUCAGGGGCGGGCGACCGCCGCGGGUUCGAAUCCUCCCAGAGUCAAAAUUCAUAUAUUUUUAACUGACUAUCGCGACUUUCUUGCAGAUCGCCGGUGAAGGAUUAAGCAACCGGAAUCGCUGGAUCAUCGGCGAAAAUCUCGUCAACGCGAUUCGCGGAGCAUUGCUACUAAAAUUUCUGAACGAUUCGCGAUAAAAGGAUCGCAAUCCAUCGAGUAAAUCAUCUCCGAUUGAUCGGCGAACAAGCCGUCGUCGGGAAGAGGACGAUCCGCCGGGAGACCAGUCGCCACCUCCUGAGAGCGUACCAGAUGCGAUGAAGAGCCUCCUCUUGCUGCGUGGACCUGAGGAUGAAGCUCCCUAACACGCGCCUCACCUCCAUCCAGCCCCUCUCCGUCGGGUGA